AUGUCACUCGAAACAGUACUCCUGACAGGUGCUGGUGGCUUCAUUGGAGCGCAGAUCCCUGAACAGCUACUAAAGUCAGACGAAUUUCAUGUCAUUGCUCCCGUACGAUCAGAAAAAGAUACACAAAGCAUCCUUGCAUUGCAUCCCGAGUACAGCGAUAAAAACGGUCGCUUUCCUAUUGUGGCCGAUUAUGGUACAAAUGGUGCGUUUGAUGAGAUAUUUAGGGAAACAGAGAUAAAACAUGUUAUUCACGCCGCAGGUCGGUUCAGAUUUGAGAAUAUCGAUCCAGAAAAGAUCAUUUACGAUAAUUACGACACGGUGAAAUCCGUUAUCCAAUCCGCAGAGAAGCUCGGCAGGUGUCUUAUGCGGCUUGUCCUCACUGGCUCUGUAAUAGUUGAAAUCACAGGCCAAAUGAAGCCUUCCACCUUUAAGGAGGAGCUCACCGAAGCCGACAUUGUUUCCAUCCCACUUGAGGCAGUCCGAGAAAGCGGAGAUCCCAUCGCAUGCUACGUUGCCACCAAGGCAGAAUCCUCAGCGUUGCUCUUCGAAACAGCUUCCAAACCCUCCGUAUCCCGGGAUGCCGUCGAACUCUUGCCUGCUGGAACGGCCGGGCCGCUUGCACACUCCGUACCAGAUCUCACAGCAGGGCCACAUUCUCUCGAUCGGGCCUAUAACCUGCUCAGCGGAACCUGGAAAGAGAUCCCCGGUACCCAUGUUCCAGAUUACAGAUGUGCGGGACGUAGCUUUAGCGCACAUCUUGGCUCUGCGCAACGAAAAGGCGAGUGGCCAACGGAUCAAUAUCGUCAACUCGGACUCGCGCUAUUCGCACCAGGUGUUGGCAAAAUUUGA